UCUCUCUCUCUCUCUCUCUCUCUCUCUCUCUGAAUCACAGCCAUGGCCGCUCUGCAAUACCUAGAAUCCUCGCGCAACGCGCACCCGGAGCUCGCCGAAUGGUACAAUUCCCUUGCAGAUCUGUACCAGAAGAAGCUGUGGCACCAGCUCACUCUCAAGCUCGAGCAGUUCGUUGCUCUCGCCGUCUUUCAGGCUGGCGAUGCUCUGAUACAGUUAUAUCACAACUUCAUCACAGACUUCGAGACCAAAAUCAACCUUCUGAAGCUUGCACAUUUUGCAGUUAUUGUGUCUCGUCAGUAUCCAGAGAAAGAAUCUGCUAUCAAUUACCUUGAAGGGGUGAUUGAGAAGUUGCAAGCCACUAAAGAGCAACGGAUUGAGGAACCAAUCCUUUACAUCAAGAUGCAAAUAGCAAUAAUCAAACUUGAGCAACAGGACCAGAAGGAGUGCAAAAAGCUUCUAGAAGAUGGAAAGAGCACACUGGACAGUAUGACUGACAUUGAUCCAUCUGUUUAUGCCAGUUAUUACUGGGUAUCAUCUCAAUACUAUAAGUUCCGCCAGGAAUUUGCUGAGUUCUACAAGAGUGCUCUUCUUUAUCUAGCAUACACAUCAGUGGAGUCUCUCUCAGAUUCAUUUAAGCUGGAUUUGGCAUUUGAUCUGUCCCUUUCUGCGCUCCUGGGAGAUAAUAUCUACAACUUUGGAGAGCUACUUGCCCAUCCUAUUAUUAAGAGUCUUCUAGGGACAAAGGUAGAGUGGCUUUACUAUAUUCUUCAAGCAUUCAACUCUGGUGAUUUAGGUCGUUAUCAAGAGUUAUGCCGUGUGCACAAUGCUGCUCUGAGUGCUCAACCGGCACUAGUUGAGAAUGAGAAGAAGCUUUUGGAAAAGAUCAACAUUUUGUGCUUGAUGGAAAUUAUUUUCAGCCGACCAUCGGAAGAUCGAACUAUACCUUUGAGUAUCAUUGCAGAGCGUACAAAACUUUCGAUUGAGGAUGUGGAACAUCUUCUUGUGAAGAGCCUUUCUGUUCAUCUGAUUGAGGGAAUCAUUGACCAAGUUGAGGGAACCGUCCAUGUUUCAUGGGUGCAGCCAAGAGUUUUGGGAAUUCCACAGAUUAAAUCUGUGCGUGAUCGGUUGGAUGGUUGGUUGGAAAAAGUGCAUACGGCUUUGUUAUCUAUCGAGGCUGAAACACCUGAUCUUGUUGCAUCGUGAGUGAUGUCCUAGUGUAACAUUCCUUAGGAAAAAGUGGGGGGUAAAAAUUUGCAAGGCGGCCAAAGGAAACAUUAGUCUCAUUUGCUUGAGCACCUGGACCUACUUUUGUAUGUUGCGUUUUCCUGAAAUCAUUUUCCUCAUGUACUUCACUUGGGACUAAUUCCAUUUUACAGUAGCAUGCCUAGAGGCAUGGUGAUCAAAUUGAAAAACGGCUGUUUACCUUUUAUGUUCAAAUUUUCUUAGAUACCGUAACGUGUGUUCAAAUUGAAAGACAGCUGUUUACCCUAUA